AGAAACAAAAAAAGGAAGAGGAAUUCGUACACUCCAUUUAGUUCCUACGCCCCUAUUCCCUAACGGCUAUUGGUCUUCGUUUUUUAACUACUUGCCAUUUUUUUUUCAUUAUCCCUUUAUUCUCAAUGGAUUUCUCUCUGAUUCACCAAUCUCGAUCGUGAUCAAUUUUUGAAUCUCUUUGAUAAAGCAGAAGAAAAUGGUGAGGAGUAGAUCGUCAGCGAAUAAGUGGAAGUACAUCAAUCCAUCUUACUAUUUGAAACGCCCCAAGCGUCUUGCUUUGCUUUUCAUAGUUUUCGUAUUCGGUUCUUUCUUCUUUUGGGAUCGACAAACUUUAGUCCGAGAUCACCAGGAAGAGAUCUCUAAGUUGAGUGAAGAAGUGAUACGGUUGCAAGAUCUGCUGGAGGAUUUGAAGAAUGAUCAAAGUGUAUCAGGUGAAACGAUGAAUUUUAGUCACAGUGAUGGUGAUGUGGGGAAGAAAAUAGAUUACACAGAGGAUCCCGUUGAUGCUCAGCGAAGAGAAAAAGUGAAAGAUGCUAUGCGCCAUGCCUGGAGUUCAUAUGAAAAAUAUGCAUGGGGCCACGAUGAACUUCAGCCACAAACAAAGAAUGGCGUUGACAGUUUUGGUGGUCUUGGUGCAACAUUAAUCGAUUCUCUUGACACACUAUAUAUCAUGGGCUUGGAUGAGCAGUUUCAGAGAGCUAGAGAGUGGGUUGCAAACUCCCUGGAUUUCAACAAGAAUUAUGAUGCCAGUGUUUUUGAGACAACCAUAAGAGUUGUUGGUGGACUUCUUAGUGCGUAUGACCUCUCUGGUGAUAGGCUUUUCCUAGAAAAGGCUCAAGAUAUUGCUGACAGACUGUUGCCUGCAUGGAAUACACCCACUGGCAUCCCUUACAACAUUAUCAACUUGUCGCAUGGGAAUCCACAUAAUCAUGGGUGGACUGCGGGCCAUAGUAUCCUGGCAGAUUCUGCCUCUGAGCAGCUUGAAUUUAUUGCUCUUUCACAAAGAACAGGAGACCCGAAGUAUCAACAAAAGGCGGAGAAUGUCAUCUUAGAAAUUAGUAGAACUUUCCCAGAUGAUGGGUUGCUCCCAAUACACAUUAAUCCAGAGGGAAAGGCGGUUGUGUACUCCACUAUAACGUUUGGGGCCAUGGGUGACAGCUUUUAUGAAUAUUUACUCAAGGUCUGGAUACAAGGAAACAGAACAACUGCCGUGGACCGCUACAGAAAAAUGUGGGAGACUUCAAUGAAAGGUCUUUCAAGCCUGGUGCGGAGGACUUUUCCAUCAUCUUUUGCUUAUAUUGGUGAGAAGGUUGGAGAUUCUUUCGUAGACAAGAUGGAUGAACUUGCAUGCUUUGCUCCAGGAAUGUUAGCUUUAGGUUCGUCUGGUUAUGGUCCUGAUGAUUCUCAGAAGUUUUUAUCACUGGCGGAAGAGCUUGCUUGGACUUGCUAUAAUUUCUACCAGUCAACACCUACAAAGUUGGCAGGAGAAAACUAUGUCUUUAAUAAAGGCCAGGAUAUGACUGUGGGUACGUCGUGGAACAUACUAAGGCCAGAAACGGUUGAAUCUCUGUUUUACCUCUGGCGUUUGACUGGAAACAAGACAUACCAAGAGUGGGGUUGGAACAUAUUUCAGGCAUUUGAAAAGAACUCGAGAAUAGAAUCUGGAUACGUUGGACUUAAAGAUGUUAACUCUGGUGUGCAAGACAACAUGAUGCAGAGCUUUUUUCUCGCGGAGACUCUUAAAUAUCUCUAUCUUCUUUACUCACCUCCUUCAGUCAUUCCCCUAGGUGAGUGGGUUUUUAACACGGAGGCUCACCCCAUAAAAAUUGUGAGCCGGAAUGAUCGAGCAAUGACUUCUGGAGCUGGAAAAUCAGCUGGACAGCAAAAAUCAUAUAAGCGGCCGCUGACCAGGAGAGAAGGCCGAUUUGGUAAUAAGUAGGUCCUCAUAGGUGGUUUAGUUGUUGAUUCAGAAUUAUGGGAAUCAAGUGCUGUGUUGCCUGACACUUGUUAGCCAGAUUCGCCGGAUUUAUUGGACUGAUGUUAGAGUUGAGCGGAAAUGAUUUCCUAUGACCACUUAUAUGAUUAGAUAGCAUCUCUAUUUUUAGUUUUAGUUCUUACAUUCCCUUAAAACAGCCAAAUGUAUUCAAAUAUAGGGCAUUUGGCUGUGGGUAGCUCUACAUUUUUGGGGCUUGAGCCAAAUGUAUUCUAAUAUAGGGCAUUUGGCUGUGGGUAGCUCCACAUUUUUGGGGCUUGACUAUACUAUUUGUAUAUCAUACCUUGUUAUUUCUUCGAAAAAGAAUGUGUUGGGAAUGUUUGUAUAUCA